GUGCCCGCUCCCGGGGACGUGCUCGUUACGCACGCGGGCCCUCGUGGUCUGCGGUUCUCAGGGCGCGGUCAUUUCUGCAGCCAUCACUUUCUUCACCGUGUCCAAGUGCCACCAUAGAGCCCGCUUUCUCAGGUCCCCUCGGAGGCGCAAGGAUCACCGCACCUAGCCAGGGGCGUGGCCACCAGAAGCCCCGCCCCGUCUGUGACGUCCUGGUGGCGCGCGGGCUGGUUGUGGGCGUGAGAAGGGCUGGGGCCAGACGAAUCCCCGAGGCCGGGGCCGCCUCCGGACUCCUACCUGCUGGCUUCUCCUGCUCCAUCUUUCCCGAGAAGCGGUGUACGACCUCGGCCUCCAGCCUACUGGGCGGAUCGAAGCGACGGUCGGGAUGGUACUGCUGGGCUUGCUGCAGUCAGGCGGCUGGGUGUUCGGGCAGGCGAUGGAGCAGGUGACAGGAGGCAACUUGCUUUCCACGCUGCUCAUCGCCUGCGCCUUCACGCUCAGUCUCGUCUACCUGUUCCGUCUCGCCGUGGGCCACGUGGUCCAGCUGCCCGCUGGAGCGAAAAGUCCACCGUAUAUUUACUCUCCAAUUCCAUUCCUUGGCCAUGCAAUAGCAUUUGGGAAAAGUCCAAUAGAGUUCCUGGAAAAUGCAUAUGAGAAGUAUGGACCUGUGUUUAGCUUUACCAUGGUGGGCAAGACCUUCACUUACCUUCUGGGGAGUGAUGCGGCUGCGCUGCUCUUCAAUAGUAAAAACGAAGACCUGAAUGCAGAAGAAGUGUACGGUCGACUGACAACACCCGUGUUUGGGAAGGGAGUUGCAUAUGAUGUGCCAAAUGCAAUUUUCUUGGAACAGAAGAAAAUCAUAAAAAGUGGCCUUAACAUAGCCCACUUUAAGCAGUAUGUUCCUAUCAUUGAAGAAGAAGCAAAGGAAUACUUUCAAAGUUGGGGAGAAAGCGGAGAAAGAAAUGUGUUUGAAGCACUGUCUGAGCUCAUAAUUUUAACAGCUAGCCAUUGUCUACACGGAAAGGAAAUUAGAAGUCAACUCAACGAGAAGGUGGCCCAGCUGUACGCAGACCUGGAUGGAGGUUUUAGCCACGCUGCCUGGUUGUUGCCAGGUUGGCUGCCUCUGCCAAGUUUCAGGCGCAGGGAUAGAGCCCAUCGAGAGAUCAAGAAUAUUUUCUAUAAGGCCAUCCAGAAGCGCAGGCUGUCAAAAGAACCAGCUGAGGACAUUCUUCAAACUUUACUCGAGUCUACAUACAAGGACGGGCGUCCUCUGACGGAUGAGGAGAUAUCAGGGAUGCUCAUCGGACUGCUGCUGGCUGGACAGCACACAUCCUCCACCACCAGUGCCUGGAUGGCCUUCUUUCUGGCCAGAGAUAAACCACUUCAAGAAAGAUGCUACUUAGAACAGAAAGCAGUGUGUGGCGAGGAUCUGCCUCCCUUAACUUAUGAGCAGUUGAAGGAUCUGAAUGUACUUGAUAGAUGCAUAAAAGAAACACUCAGACUGAGGCCUCCAAUAAUGACCAUGAUGAGAAUGGCCAAGACCCCUCAGACGGUGGCAGGCUAUACCAUUCCUCCAGGGCAUCAGGUGUGUGUCUCUCCUACUGUCAACCAAAGACUGAAAGACUCCUGGGUAGCUCGCUUAGACUUUAAUCCUGACCGCUACUUACAAGACAACCCAGCGUCAGGAGAGAAGUUUGCCUACGUGCCAUUUGGAGCUGGGCGUCAUCGUUGUGUUGGAGAAAAUUUUGCCUAUGUUCAAAUUAAGACAAUUUGGUCCACUAUGCUUCGUUUAUAUGAAUUUGACCUCAUCAAUGGAUAUUUUCCCAGUGUGAAUUAUACAACAAUGAUUCAUACCCCAGAAAACCCAAUAAUCCGUUACAAACGAAGAUCAAAAUGAAAAGAGGACCAAGGAGCCAGUGUGGAGAGUGGACGCAAGCCGCAGCUGGCAGAGAAUGAAGCCUCUGAGAUGGCUCUUGUGCUGUACUGGGUUGAAGUGUGUGGUUCUGAAAGCCAGUUUAUGAUUUUAAUGUUUUAUUAACUCAUUUUUUUUUUGUCAGACCGAAAGGCAUUUGAAACAGUUUAUGGUAGUUUUGAUAGGAUUUCAGGGAAGCCAAGUUUAUGUUAGAAAUCGUUUUUUAUUUUGGGGGGGGGGGCGCUCUUGGAAUUAAGAAGAUACAGAAUGCAGCAUCCAGGUAAUUAACCUCACACAUCGCCACAGGGAGAUUUGGAACUAGUGUUGGAAGUUUCAAAGCCUUGUCAAAUGCUACAAAGGCAAUGGGUUGUGUAGUUGGGCCAUUUCUGUGCAUUAAGAUAUGAGAGGAUAUUAUUGUUCUAUCUAUAGGGUUGCAGACCCCUUCAGCUCCUUGGGUACUUUCUCUAGCUCCUCCAUUGGGGGCCCUGUGUUCCAUCCAAUAGCUGACUGUGAGCAUCCACUUCUGUGUUUGCCAGGCACUGGCACAGCCUCACAGGAAAUGUUAACUGGAAGCAUCACUCCAGGAAGAUGACCGAGAUCGUGAUAACCUUAUUUCUUAAAAGUAAUACAUAGUAAAGAGUGCUUCUGUACGUUACUGGUUCCAGAUGGUCAUAUUUUUGUGAAAAAUCCAAAAUCAAAUUCUUUUAGGAUUUUUAAAUUUUAAUUUGGCUUAAGGUUUUUUUGUUGUUGUUGUUAUUGGGAAGUUUAAAUUACCAGGCUUUUUAAAAAGUGUCUGAUUUUGAGAUUAGUGAAUUCUGGCCUUGAGACUGGGGGAUGGGAGAUGGUAUCACUGCCCUAUUCUGUGGAGGCUGUGCUCAGGAGACAACUUAACAGAUUGUAACCACAGGCCCAACUCUGUGACAUGCCCAUAAUCUGUGUUAGGAGUCAGAAUAGCUGUUGCUGGGUGUGGUGCUUCACAUCUGUAAUGCUGUUAUUCAGGACCUGAGGCAGGAGGAUUGAGAAUUUGAGGCCAACCUAGGCUACAUAGCAAGACUAACAAACUCCCCAAAAUAAAACCUUCUUUCUCUAAA